UCGAGCAUAAGCUGAGCUCCUCUUUGAAUUUGUUGAAUCUUUUUUCAUUUCCAAAAAAGGUUUUCAAUAGCCAAAUUCCAAUCGUUUCAAAAUGACAACAAUCGAAGAAUUACCAGACAAAAUGGUAGCUUACCAUUACAUAAAUGGAACAGAUGAAGUUCAAGAGCUAUCGCUUUCGGCCAAAUCGAUGAAAGCCAUUUACAAGAAAGUCACCGGCGGGGAACUAAGCGAGGAGGUGGCCCAAACAAUUGCCGCGGACAUGGCCAAAGAGGUUUUUGAAAUUCUGGAGACUGUGGAAACAUAUGCAUAUCACAACCGUAGCGAUGAGAUAACGGAGGCAGACGUUUACCAUGCCCUCAAAAAUGACGCCAAAUAUGCCAAUGACAUUUUAUUUGAUCUUAAGAAAGCUCAUGCUUAUACUAGGCUGCCUGCAAACCUGGGAGCAGGGCAGGAGCAAGCUCCUACCGCUGACACUUCUGAUUCAGCGGUGACAGCUGGAGAAUCGUUGACCGAAUAUCGCACGACUGGCUGGCAGCACGAAGAGACAGUGCAACUGCAGCCCCCCACUCAAUGUCCGCUUACCCAGGAGGAGCAAGUCUUCUUCAGGAGAGUCAUUACAGUAUGCUUUGCACAGGACGAGGAUGAGCGUGUAAAAGCGCUGAAGUCACUGGAAGUAGAUCCCAGCCUGGAGUUCAUACUGCCCCAGUUGACCACGAGCAUGGCCGACGGCAUCAAUACCGGUCUCUUCAAUAAGAUAACAGAUCUGUGCUUCGUUGUACUUCGAAUGGCCAAAGCUCUUGUGAAGAAUCGCAGCAUCACUUUUGACCAACACUUUCAUCUCAUCCUACCUGGCAUACUCUCGUGCAUUCUCAUGCAGGAGGCAUUCGAGGAGGAUGACAUUGAGGGCGAUGAGCUUCACUGGGACCUCCGGGAAUUCGCAAGUGAAUUAUUGGGCGAUAUGGUGAGGGUCGCCAAGAACUACAAUCUCAUCGGUCGCAUUAUUAAUAUGUUAAUUAAGGGAAUCCGCGAUCACGAAAAUGUAUUUACGAUUUUUGGUGCCGUCAUUGGAUUUGGCCAAUUGGGAAGUCUUGUCGUAGCAGACUAUUUGCUACCUGAGCUAUCCAAUUUAUCGGAAUUUCUGUACGCCGGAGGCAGGGACCCCAAACUUGCAAAGGGAGCCAUAAUGAAAACCUGGUGUCGAUUGGUCAAGAUAACUGCUCCGGUCGUGAAAGCUUUAACCUACUCAACCGAUCCAAUAGCCAAAUAUGUUGAGCUCUAUGGUCGUUUCGGCGAGGCUCUGUUCUUUGUGGUUCUUGGCAUUCGUGGAAGGGAGCAGGAGACCGCAGCUAAAUUAUUAGUCAACUUAGUAUUGAAAUCAAAGAAAAAUCAUAAAUGCCAGGAGGGGCCUACAGCCGAAUUAAUGGAACGAGAGCAAAAUUCUGACUGCGAGAAGGUUAAUGCAGCGACAGGAGUAGCCCAGGUUGAGGAAUGUGAAGUGGAUGUGUUGUUUUCGGAAGGAGUAAAGAUAAAUGCCAACUCCAAGAAGAAAAACUCAAACAAAGCAAAAGUCUGACUUCGAGGAGGCAGCAGCACGGAAGAAGGAAGAGGCAGACAAUGCAAUGUCCACACUUGCAGCACAGCUUAAAUUUUGAUACGAUUAUAAUAUUGUUAUUGAAAUUUAUUUUUAGACAGCGCGCAGAGUGGCAGACCAGGAGAGAGAUCAACAAAUAUUAAUAUUUGCCCAUAAGAAAAGAAAUAAACAUAUUGUGUAUGCAUGCGGGGCAGCAGCUUUAGCACCUGACAGACGGAGAACGAAAGUUUGUUGCCUUCAUUGAGAAGCGAUUAAGCAAAUAUUUAGAUAAAUGCGAGUCAAAUUGGCUUGAGUUGAGAUCGUAUCGGUGUGGUGUGGUGUGGUGUGGCGUGGCGUGGCGUGAUGUGGUGUUGGUGUGGGUAUGGAGUAUCAAAAUGAAUGGAUCUCCAAGGUUCAAGGGUGCAGUACUCACCUUCAGCUGAUGACGUAGUCCACUCAUGGGGCUCAUUCAAUAUUGAGGAUGCCGGAGAUGAGGAGGAGAUAAGCAAAGCCUACAGCAAAUGAGGUGGUGCUUGGUGUGCCGGUGGCGUAUGUGUGAUUUUCCGAUGAGUGGGUGGGUGCCGCUUUUGGCCUAGUUUCAGUGCGGAUUAUUUAUCGCUUAUUUGCAUGAACUUAAAUGGACUUUAAAUAUGUAUAUUUUCGCUUGUCGGCACUUUCACACUUUUGUACGUAUUUUGAUUUAC